UUCGGCAACAAGCUUCAUUGCUCAUUUUCCAUGAUAAUUUUCACGAGGAAAUGUCUCUAAGUUGUGCGCAUCUUUUUUCUUGACAGAUUUGGUGGAAUGACGGAGACAUUUAUCCGACGCGUUGCUGGUCAGGUUUGCGCCUGCUGACGACAGGAGAAUUUCCCUCUGCGGCCAGCUCCGUCCUGGCUAUUUCACAUUUUUCAUUCCUGUUGAAGGAUUACCCUGUACCUUGGCUUCUAAUCACUUCGUCUCACACUGUCUGUUUACCUGUCUUCAUUCUUUUACAUUCGCGGCAGGAGCCACGGCGAUUCAACAGCGUAGGGGAGCGAUGAUUUUGUGCGCGGCCGACGCCACACUCGUCUCGCGCUUACGGGGACUGGAUUCACUUCUGUGUUGCGGUGCACAAAAAAUCUGCCGUUCUUGGCCGGAUGCAGCUGGGCUGACGGCGUAGGUACUCGCUAAGAAACGAGUGAACGCCAUAUGAGUUACGGUGUAGACUGCCGAAGCGCAACAGGGUGUUACGACGAGUUUUCUGGAUGAAAGACUGCUGACGGUGCGGACUCUGUUCAGAACCACGAAGAUGCAAAUUCCGCCUUGAGGACUUCAUACAGGUCUUCAAGUUCUGAUGUGGUUUGGGGUCUAAGGAUUGGCGUGAGCAUGCGGUGUCUCGUGCAUCAAAACAAAGGGCUGUAGGUGGACGACCUUGUGAUUUGACGGUGUAGAAACGCCUAUGCAACGCAGAGACGUUUUCCCCCAAGAUUUCGUGUAGACUACGGGGUUAUUUACUUGUUUUGGCUGCAGUUUUGGAGCUUCGGUGUUUCCCCUGGGAUAAAACGGAUGACCACACUCCGCGUAGUUGGUGGUAGGAAAUUUCCGUUCCUUUCCAACACUUUUCGUUGUCAGUUUUCUGCUUACGGUUGCGCUCUUUAAAACAUGAUCAUGGAAGGCAGAGAUGUUGACGCUCAAGGACCCAAUGCUCAUUCUAAGUCAAUGGAAAGUGAACAGACGUCCGUUCUUGCCGGCAGACAUACCGACAGCAGCGCCGCAGUGCCCGCGAGCUCAGACAUGAGUGAGAGGCCAAUGGUCUCCGGCUCUGGAACUAACACUGCUGCCAUAUUCGCAACAUGUUCUCCAUUGGAGAGGGUAGAACGGAUUCUCGAGUUGAAGAAAGUAAUUGAUCACGCGAAAGCCGCUCUGGAGGACGGGCAACAGGGUGGUGCACCGGGAGCGGCAGUGACGCCGCUGCUUGGUGUGCGAGAUGAUGUGCUUGAAGCGCUUACAGUUCUUGACCGAGUGGACAUGAGUCGAGAGCUGCUUGCGAAGACACGAAUCGGCGUUUCUGUCGGGAAAUUGCGAACUCAUCCGGAUUCGCAGAUCCGAUCUCGGUGCACGCAACUGGUUCACAAGUGGAAGGCAGGCAUAAGUGGGGGCGGUUUAGCCAAAGAAAAUGCGACUUCCCGACCCGGACCAAAUGGCCGCGGCCAAGGAAAGCCCCCCACAGGAACAUUGGGGAAUGACACCGCUAACGAGAAGGCACAUGGGUUGUCAUCAAAUUCAUCACCACGUGCUGAUGAAGGACUCCACGGCGUGCCAGUCGACAGAGCACCAGAAAAGGCCUCUACGGCAGUGGAGGAUUAUCCGGGACCGGCGUCAGGUGAUGCUGUACGGGACCGAGCUCGAGGUUUCUUAUGGCGUGCACUGGUCGACGGGAUGCAAUCACGAAGAGAUCUCGGAGCGGAUAGAUCUGGCGAAACCGCUCGUGUAGCAGCAGAAAUCGAGAAAGCCUUGUGGCAGGAAUACUGUGUCAGGAGAAAGAGUACAAAGGAGUACAACAUGCAACUGAAGACGCUGAAGUGGAAUUUUGCAGAUCAAAAGAAUCCUGACUUGAAUCUCAAAGUUCUGUGUGGUGUUUAUACACCGGAACAGCUAGCGAUUAUGAGCUCUGCGGACCUGGCCUCUGACGAGAAAAAACGUAUGCGUGAGCUGCAGAAGAAAGAAAGCAUGGAGGCAUGUCAGUCAGACUGGGAAAUGAAAAAAUUAAUGGAAGGCGCUUCGGAAGGUGGCCAGUUCCCGUGCUUCAAAUGCAGGACGACAAAAACGGUGUAUUUUCAGAUGCAAACGCGCUCAUCAGAUGAGCCGAUGACAACAUUUGUGACGUGCUUGGAGUGCGGGAACAGGUGGAAGUUCUGAGAAUAAGUAACAAAAGCGGAGUUCGAACAGUUAUGGACAAUAGUCUAAACAAUUGGUACUUAUCCGAAACCCACUGGUGGGAUGGGGCAUUGUGUGCAGCAUAACGUCGGGGAGUUUCCUCGGUUGUCGUGGCAAAAGGAGAGGGCAUCUCGUUGAUGAAAUGUGGAGUCAUGCAGUUAAAGGGGUUCUGGGGGUGGGGACAUGAGACGGUGACUGAUGGGAGUAGACCGAAGUCUGAGUUCCUGGCUUAUUCAGCCACACGUUUUAGUUUGCAUUCCAGUCAAUCGUCUCUGCAAUAUUCCUACUUCUGGGUAGGGAAAACCUGGCAUCGGGUCUUACAUGUGGUGAGUGUCGAAAAAGGGAUGAGAAUAACCGCUUCGAAGGCUUUCCAGCCUCGAUCUGAGAGUUUUGGAUUUUAAUGCAUUUUUCUCAGCAAUAAAGAGCUGCAAUCAUCCUGUAAAUGGAAAGCUUUGGCGUGUUACUGCUUCCAUGUGCUAUGUUUAUGUGUAGUUCGGAGCUGGGAACAGCAAAUACGUUUCUUUGUUCUACGUCGGUCGACCUGGUCAAUGCCUCUGCUCCAAUUUCUCAAUUUGUUUCACUAAUUUUGCCGGGUUCAGGAAGUUGCAUUUUACGGGCGUGGCGUUUCGGUUAGACGUAGCUGCUGUGUACAGCUACCACACAAACGUCGGCAGCUAGUGCAGUUCCCUAUAAUAGUGGUGACUUUACUGUAUAAGGGGCGUACACACCAAAUGGGGGAGACACGUGCCGAAGAGAGCCAUAUUUCCAGUAUCUAACCCUGGUGUAUGCAUGAUUUCCUUAUCGACAUCUGCUGCGGUGCCACACGAUAAAAGAACCUAGUAUGACUGACGAAUUUGUGCCCUGCUGGGGGAUGCCGAGAAGUGAACACACGGUGCCUGCUCAAAGGAAGGCCUAGAGUUCGCACGUUCUCUUUUGACUUUCUCGGAGGUUUAGACAGCGAAAUAGCAAGCGUAUUUGCUGUCCACCACAGUGGUAGAGCAUAUGUUAACCAGCGAAAGGCAGAUACUUUUUGAUAUAACUGAAACCACAUCCCGCUCAACGCUACACACAGAAAUCUUCAACUUUACCGGAUAAGUUCGGCCUUGGCAAAUUUCUGGCGAGGGCGCCAGUAGUCGCGGAUUUUGUGGCAAAAUUGUUUGGCCGACUGGUUCGCAGAUACCACUAGUGGAUUCUGCCGCUGAAGGAAAGGGGUGGCACCUGAGGCUUCUGAACAAAGCUCAAGAUACAAGCUCACAUUGACUGUUAGUCGGCCAUGUGGCGUUGUUACACAUGACUUUGCCCCUGCCCGUUCAGUGCGUAUUUGUUGAUCAACAUGAAUUUGCGUAAACAUGAGCCAGGGACAUCUGGCGAUGUCGUGUAGUACUUAUACGCAUUAUAGGGGUGUCAGAGCUAUGUCGCAUGACAGGGAAACCGUGGGAAUACCACGGGCCUAUCAUCGGAUCAAAGCGCCAGCCUCACAUGCCCUUCAGAUACGUUCUAUGCCAACACGUGUAGGCGUGUUGUGGCUACUACGAGCGGGGGAAAUCCACGAGGACAACGUGAGCCUUGCAGAGCAGGAGCCAAAGUGCUGGGACCAUAAUACUGCAAGUUGCCUUGAAAAGGGGGCGGCAAGUAUAACAGUGACAGUUGGAUGCCGACUAAUUUUAUUUUCACCAGCAGCGAACAUGUGAUGACAGUCGAUGAUAAAUUUGCGGGAAGGAUGCCAUGGACGGUACGAUUUGGUAUCAUGGACUCGUUAUUCCCAGAAACAGGCAGUACCCGUCUUGGGUUAAACUUGUGGGCCGCUUGUUUACGUUGCUCUGAUCCCUCUAAUAGCCCACUGCUGGCAGCUCCUUACGGUAGUGGUCAUAGCGUGCAAGUAACAUUUGUGCAGGGGUCUCUCCUUCGAGUUGUUCUUUUUUUGGUCACGGUUCCUCUGGUACGUGCGCUGGAGGCUGAAGCAUCUGUAUGCUGUGCAGGCAUCCUUUCCCUUGUGUCGCGUUCACGUCAUCAGCGCCACACUGAUUGCUGAGAGCUGCUGUCCAGCAAAGUGUCGUUUAAAUGCUGCUCCGUAGUUCCCCCAGCCUUACUGUCACACCGAUGCGCUGUUGACUGGAACAUUAAGCAAGGUGAGGGUUCGUUGUCGUACUCUUUUCUUUUCAAACAGUAUCCGAAUAGUCCAUGUGACACACCACCCGCACGUGUUACGCGUGAUCGAUGGCCCUUCUCACAACGCCUUGUCAUCUUAGUAAAAUGCCAUAUAAAAUAAAGGAUCCCUACAUUGAAGUCGCCUGAAAAACCAGAGUGAUGCAUGGACACCCGCUUGCGGUAACAUUCUUGCAGCAGGUCCAGCAACAACGACUGACACUGAUGCAGACACGCACACAGGUGAUAUCUCGUUUUUUAAUCCCUUUAUUAUAUUCGCCAGCUGAUGGAUUCUGCCUGUUUACCGCACCGUUUUGAAGGAUGCACCUGCUCGUAACCUUGCGAGCGCGUGGUAGUUCCUGUCAUGGACUGACAGUGUAAGACCACACAGACCCUACGCAGACCCUGGGACGAUUCCAUCAUCAGAAAAGCCGUGUUCGAAGUUGAGCGAGGGAUCGUCACUGUUAAAGCAGAAGACUCGUCCAUCGAAAGGGAGAACGAAAUUGGAUGGUG